AUGACUAAUCUAUCUGAAGAACAUUAUUUUCUUCAGUUAAAAUCUUUACCUAUUAAUGACUUACAAUUAUUACUGACAUAUUCGGGACAAUCAAGAACAGGAAAACGUCAUGAGCUACUUGAAAGAUGUUAUUCAUCGAUUAAAUCUUCGAAAUUAAUACGCGAUAAACUUGAAGAACUAUAUAAUAAACGUUUUGGCCAAGGUGACCUACCAACAAUGCCCUAUCCGCAUGAUUCAAAAUCUGCAUUGAGAAUAACACCUCAUAAUGUACAUUCACACCAACAACCAUUAAAUAUUGAUAUACAUUUUUUACCAUUUACAUUCAAUGAAGAAAUGUGUGUUAUAUCACCGCCAAAUCCAAUACCACCCGUAAAACAUGUGUCGAAUGAAUCUCAAACGUUAGCCAAUUUUUAUUUCUUAUUAUCAGCACAGCAAGCAUCUGAUGUAGCAACAUCAACUUAUUUCAGCGCUGAUCAAUCAAAAAUUGAAUUUCAAAAACAAAUCCUACUACGAUUUACAACGAUUGGUGAUAUAGCAAAUACUGGAACAUAUGUACCAGAUAAAUUACCACCCAAUCUUUAUGUUUUUGUCAAUAAUAAAGUUGUUGCAUUACCUCAACCAAAACCAACAGCAAAACCCAAUUCAGAUGUUAUUCGGCCAGGCCGACCAAUAGAUAUAACUGAAUAUUGCCGUUUAUGUCCAUUAAUAUCCAAUCUAGUUGAAAUAUCUUGGUUUACACAAGAAAAUUCUAAUCCGUUACCAGCUUAUAUUGCUGCUGUUUAUCUCACUGAACGUAAAACAGUUCCACAAUUGUUAGCACGAAUCUCACGUCCUAUAGCUAUUCGUCCAUCUAUUGAAACACAACGUUCUAUAUUACAAACACUAUCAGCACAACAAACCUCACAAGGAAUUGAUGAUGAUCUUGAAGUAGCAUCAACGUCAAUUCGUAUCCCACUUCAAUGUCCAGCCAUGCGUAUACGAAUGAGAAUCCCAGGCCGUGCAACAACAUGUAAACAUGUUCACUGUUUUGAUUUAGAAGGCUACUUGCGUAUGAAUGAAAAAAAGCCAACUUGGCUAUGUCCUGUAUGUAAUAAACAAGCAUUAUAUACGGAUCUAUUUAUUGAUCAAUUUUUUAUUGAUAUUAUAAAUAAAUGUUCAACGAAUGUACAAGCAAUUGAGUAUGAAAUAAAUGGACAAUGGAAGCCCAUUGAACAAGAAAAACUUUCUCGUAGAGCACAACGUGAAAGAGAAACAUAUAAAGCAGAUAGUACGAGUAAUGGAAAAUCUUCGAUGGAUAUGGAUCAAUUCAAUGAUGAUGAUUUUGAUGACGAACGAACCUUUAUGAAAUCAGCUGAGCAUGAAGUAUCAACAUCAAUUCAUGAUAAUAUUCCUAUCAUAGAAUUGGAUGAUGAUUAA